AUGUCUCGCAGAUCCAGCAUCAGAGGUUCGGAGAAGAACGUCGUAGUGUCGGUCAAAUCGGGAGGAGUCACAAAAGCGUCCUCCACUAGGCUUCGUAGCAUCCACCCAGUCUUCGAAGCUCAACGGAUUACUGUUCCUGGCGGUUUUGCUCUUCACCUUGGCCGUCUAGCUCCUCCGCCAGGGAUGGAAAUCACUACUAUGAGGACAUCUCAUGUACCGGAGGCCCCGCCAAACAUAUUCAAGAGAAUCUGGAGAUACUUUUACCCUGAAGAACAAUCUCCUGCUGGCCUCGAUCCCAUGUUUAUGCGAACAAGCGUCUCUGAGCCGCCGGCUGCAAUCAAUAACACCUCGAGCGCAGACCAGAGACACCCCACCACAAGAACUUGA